AUUACUCCGGAGAUGCUAUAUAUCGCUGUGUACAUAUUUGUACAAUCGAUGCGUUCGGGAAUUGGAUUGGAUUGGAUUGGAUGAGACCAGAGAGGCAAUCGCAAGUGGGAGAGGGAAGGAGUAACUGGUGGGGAACAGGAUAUAAAAGGCUCUCGACUCCUUGACUUGACAGGUCUUCUUCUUAUCAACCACAUCUGAACUGGAUUCGAAAACUAAAAGAACAGAGAACCCAUCAUGUUGACCUGCUCGCAUCACCUUGCUCUUGUUAUGUAUCUGCUCGCUGGAGCCUGGUUGGUUCGUACGACUCUUGCAGUGAGUUGUGAUCCUGAAUCGGUUGAGAGGGAACAGUGCGCUCAAGCCAUUGCAAGUAUAGUCUAUGACCAGCCCAAGAACAUUCUCGAUAGAGCCUCGAGCGUGUUUGGAAAACUCUCGGGAAAUUGUACCAUAAUUGUCUUCAAUUUCGAUAAGGUUGUAGCAACCAAGCAGCAAAUUGAGGCUGGUUACAAGAGUAUCUUCGACCAAUGCCUACCCCAUUCGGGCUCAACUCGACUAUCCAAUGGUGUUUUUCUCCAAAUCCAAGACCAUCAAUUAGGCCAGGAUCGGGAGUAUUUCCCUCCCCGGACUUUGACCUGUGGUCUUAAUGGUAACGCGCCAUUGUCUGUGGACAAAGAUUGUCAAGAUGCCUUCAAUAGUAUCCCCGUCGAUCGUCAGGGCCGAUUGUUGGGUGAUAAGGGUCAACCGGCGGCUUCCAUCUUGAAGACGUUAAAAACUUGCACGGUCCUCAUCUAUACGACCGACGAAUCCCCACUCAUCGCGAAAAAGAGCGAGAUUGGCCCAGUAGUUUCGAGGGCAAUCAAAGAGUGUAAAGGCAAGUCGGGCGUCAUAGGAUUGUCAGAGGGAGGCAGCGGGAAUAACGGCCUUGCCGUGGUCAAAGUUAGAAGUAGCAAACCAUGCGGGGGUAAAACGGAUUCUGAGGGCCAACGUUGCGUUCCCUGAAGGCUUAUCAUCUCGUCUUCAAAUACAUAGCCUUCACAACUCCUCAUUUGAGUGUUUAACUCUCCAUAUCAACUGCACGUUUAUACGCUGUGAAUUGAUUGACUGGUUGUUUGUCACAUUACUUCUUUUCUGUUUCUCCCACUUUCUUCUUCCAAAAAUUGGGAUGUUCUUAUCUCAAAUCAUGUAAAAUAUAAAUAAAUAUGAAUGAACUCAAUCGGACAAGAGCUUAAAAUGACAAGAUAAAA